ACACUGCCUUGGAACAACCUCACAGCAAAAUCUACACGGGUAUCGCAGUCCGUAAAGACCGCGUUAAAGGGAGCGACCGGCUACCGACUCCACACCGCUCGUCUUAUGUCGAAUUAAGGGCGGGGAAUCGCACGAUAGCCUGGAAUCAACAAAAAUAUAUCCCGCAGAAGUAAACGAAGUGUCAAGUUGCCACCUGGACACCACUGUCAUAUUGAAUACGGCGAAGACACGUCCUAUUCCUCGAUAAGUCCUGCAACAUGGCUUCCCCGAGCCUCAGUCUAAAUCCCUUCAAGCUGGCCAGCCAGAUACAGCAGAUGGGCGACCCGCGAACGCGGGACUAUCCCGUGGUCAUGAAUCCCCUGGUUGUGUUCCCGCUGACCAUCUUCUACGUCUACUUCGUCAAGGUUCUCGGUCCGCGCUGGAUGAAGAACCGGGAACCGUUCCAAAUCAUCAACCUCGUGCGCGUGUACAACUUGGCCAUGGUACUUCUGAACGCCCGUUUCUGCUACAUCGUCGUCUUUCACGCCUACUACCCUCGCCGGCGCUACAGCCUGUGGUGCCAAGGCGUCACAGGAAAGAUGGACGAUGAACUGGCGUACUACUAUCGCACUGGUUGGUGGUACGUGGCCGUGAGGUACGCCGACUUCCUGGACACAGUGUUCUUCGUGAUGCGCAAGAAGUUCAACCAGGUCACCCACUUGCACGUCAUCCACCACGUGAUCGUGGCGGUGAACGCUUGGUUUUGGGUGCUCUUCGCGCCUGAGGGUCAACCGGCGCUCGGCCUGGCCAUCAACGCCGGAGUGCACACCGUCAUGUACACCUACUACUUCUUGGCUGCCAUGGGUCCGGCCAUGCAGAAGUACCUCUGGUGGAAGAAGUACCUGACACGUAUCCAGAUCAUCCAGAACGUGGUGUUCAUGAGCCACAUGGCCAUCCCGUUGUUCGUAGACUGCGGCUUUCCCCGGUACCUAAUCUGGGUGGCGAACGCCCAAACGUUCCUCGUCAUGUGCUUAUUUAUCAACUUCUACAUCCACUCGUACAUCAAGAGGCGAGGGACGCCGAAGCUUGAUGAAGAUCACGGAGCGGCUAAGGAAAAGUCUAAUGGGGUUGCGAACGGCAAGCACGACUAGCAUCUCGGCCUAGUGCGUGCAGUGCGAGCUAUCCUCAAAGAUUUUAGGGUAUCCAUGAACUUAUUUGAGUGAUCUUGCGCAGAACUUCAAUGUUUUUUUUUUUUGGAAAUGAUUUGCAGAAAGGACAAAAUACACAGUGGCGUGUAUAGUGUACGUGGUUUCUGUGUCAAUGCUUUUCUUUUUUUUUGACUUAUAUACUAAUUCCUUGCUGUUGAAUUUGUGGCAGGCCACUGAAGGAGAUGAACUUGGGUAGGGCUGUGCCAAAACUUAUUUUCUAGACUGCAUCAAAUAGCAGUAGGGUGUAAAACUGGGCGAGUUAGUUUGUGUUCAUUAUAACGGCAGUGCAAAUGCAACAACAGUCGUUAGUUCAGCUCUUGUCCUGUGUGUUUCUCUGCCCUGUAUCGCCGCCCCAUUUGUACUGCCGCUAUAAGGAAUCGAACACGAAUCGAACAGUUCCAGAAGUGAAUUGAAUCGAAUCGUGUAUCGAAUAGCGUUCGAAUAAUUUUCUAAUAGUGAACAGCUGUUUUCACAAUUAUUAUGAAACGAUGUUAACAUUCUAAUAUAUUCGCAACGUUGGCAAGCUUCCGUCAUUACGCUGCAAAUUAUGAAGACAUUUUUAACAAAUGCCCUAAUUACCAAGAACAAAUAAAACUUGUCAGUAAUAAAUUUCUAGCGUAAUAAGAUAUGCAGCUGAAACGCUCAUGCCCGAAUCCUUGUGAAACAAAGCUUUAGUGAAGCGGGUAAAUAAAUGUAUUACAGCUUUACAGCUGACAUGCGGUGCGUACAAUUUUGUUUACUUUCAUGUUACGCAACGUUUAUACUCAUUAAAUGUUUCUGUUUAU